AUGGCGGCAGAUGAUAAAGUUGCCAUCUUAACUGAUGAUGAAGAGGAGCAGAAGAGAAAAUACGUGCUUGCUGAUCCCUUUAACGGUAUUGCCAGGGAACCAGCACCCCCUUCCAAUGAAACACCCUCCUCCACAGAAACAUCUGCUAUCCCUGAGGAGGAAAUAGACUGGAUAGAGAAACACUGUGUUAAAAUAAACAAUGAUCUUCUAAUUUCCAAGGUCUUUUAUUUUUUCUUUUACUCUGCAUAUGGCUCUCUCUACCCACUUUUGCCUGUGUAUUAUAAACAGCUGGGAAUGUCCCCAAGUCAGAGUGGACUGCUAGUAGGUAUUCGAUACUUCAUAGAAUUCUGCAGUGCCCCCUUUUGGGGUGUAGUUGCAGAUCGCUUUAAAAAAGGCAAAAUUGUCCUCCUCUUUUCUCUUUUGUGUUGGGUUCUAUUCAACCUGGGCAUUGGAUUUGUCAAACCUGCUACCUUGAGAUGUGUACCAAAGAUUCCCCCAACAGCUCACCCCACCAAUGCAAGUCACCUGAUAACCAUCCUGCCAAUGAAUUUUUCCAGUAUCUCUUCUCCUAUCACACUUGGCUCCCCAUCACCAAAAACACGUGAGAAAAGGAACCUGCCAUUGAUGUUGGAAACAGAGCCCAAUAUCUCAGAACCUACUAUCUUUUCAGCAGCUCCAAGCAAGAGAAGUGAACCCACUCUGCAGCCUCAGACAGGUGAAAUUACUGACCACAUUAUGGACUUGAUCUUAAGCCCAAGCACAGCAACCCCUGUGCCCCUAGGAAACGUAACCAGAGAGACAACCACUGCUACUGUCACUACUACCAAAUCUUUGCCUUCUGCCCAAGUCACUCUUAUUUAUGAUCAACAAGAAGUCGAAGCUAUAUUCUUGGUUAUCUUGGUAGUUGUCAUAAUAGGAGAAUUUUUUAGUGCCUCUUCAGUCACGAUUGUGGACACUGUAACACUCCAGUAUCUGGGAAAGCACAGAGACCGCUAUGGACUGCAGCGCAUGUGGGGUUCCCUGGGCUGGGGCCUUGCAAUGCUCUCUGUGGGCAUCGGGAUCGACUACACCCACAUAGAAGUGCUCAUUGAUGGCAAGGGCUGUAAGCCCCCUGAGUACCGUAACUAUCAGAUUGUCUUCAUCGUCUUUGGAGUUCUCAUGACCAUGGCCUUGAUUGUCGCUACUCAAUUCCGGUUCCGCUACAACCACUUCAACAACAACGAUACUAAAGGGAAAGAGGUGGAAAUCCCUCAGGUGGAGAGGAACAACUCCACAGAGUCCUCUGAGGAGACACCAACCACCAUCAGCCACUCACAGGCCUUCAACUUUUGGGACUUAAUCAAACUUCUUUGCAGUGUGCAGUAUGGCUCAGUGCUGUUUGUGGCUUGGUUUAUGGGUUUUGGAUAUGGCUUUGUGUUCACCUUCCUCUACUGGCAUUUGGAAGACCUGAAUGGAACUACAACCCUCUUUGGGGUCUGUUCAGUCCUGAGUCAUGUGUCUGAGCUGACAGCUUAUUUUUUUAGUCACAAGCUUAUUGAACUGAUUGGCCACAUCAGGGUUCUGUACAUUGGCCUGGCAUGCAAUACGGCUCGCUAUAUUUAUAUUUCCUACCUGGAAAAUGCCUGGACUGUUCUCCCCAUGGAAGUCCUUCAAGGAGUGACCCAUGCAGCCAUCUGGGCGGCUUGCAUUUCUUACCUCAGUGCGGCGGUUCCCCCUGAGCUGAGGACUUCUGCCCAGGGCAUCCUGCAAGGCCUCCACCUGGGUUUGGGGCGAGGCUGUGGUGCCAUGAUUGGAGGCGUGUUAGUCAAUUAUUUUGGCGCUGCUGCAACCUUCCGAGGGAUUGGCAUGGCCUGCCUGGUAAUCCUCCUGCUCUUUGCCCUGAUCCAGUGGCUGGCAGUGCCAGAUGAGGAAGAAGACAAGACAAUGUUGGCAGAGAGGAUUCCUGUUCCCUCCAGUCCUGUUCCCAUAGCAACCAUCGACUUGGUACAGCAACAGACAGAAGAUGUCAUGCCACGCAUUGAGCCCAGACUUCCACCCAAGAAAACCAAGCACCAGGAAGAACAAGAAGAUGUGAACAAACCAGCCUGGGGAGUCAGCUCUUCUCCCUGGGUGACCUUUAUCUAUGUGCUCUAUCAAAUUAAAGAGAUGAUGCAACUAACAAGAGACAGUCGUGCUUCAGAGAUACAGCCUUUACAGGGGACCAGUGAGAAUCGAGAAUAUUCUUCAGCUGGUGGAGCCCAGCCUGUCCCAUGUGAGACUCAUGCUGACCCAUCCAGAAAUCAGCCAUCCCCUAAAGCAGCCGCAUCUCAGACCCAGCCCAGCCUCACUCCUCGCAGUGUAGACCAGCACGUGGAGGCAAGUCAGGAGCCGCGGGCCCAGCCUGCUGUCGAAGGACACUGA